UGUCCCCCGUGCCAGCUUCGGGGUGAGCGGCCUUUCCCCAAACACCUGCUGGAAAUUUCCAGAGACAUCACAGCAGUCCCGAAACAAAAAGCUGCUGUGCCUCCCCGCAGGCGCUGCAUUUUGGGAUCUAUUGCUCCUGGCAGACACGCCGUGCUCUGCUUCACCGACCGAAUUGUAAGCUUCUAAAUGCUGCAUUAUUGGAGGGGUUGAUAUUAAAGUUAGUCCCAGCAUCGUGACUUUUCCAUCAUGUCAGAACCUAUCACGCUCAAUGUUGGAGGAAAACUCUAUACCACCUCUCUGUCCACUCUGACUAGCUUUCCAGACUCCAUGCUGGGGGCCAUGUUUAGUGGGAAGAUACCAACCAAGAAGGACAGCCAAGGCAACUGCUUUAUUGACAGAGAUGGCAAAAUCUUCCGCUAUAUCUUGAACUUCCUACGAACUUCUCACUUGGACCUCCCCGAAGACUUCCAGGAAAUGGGCUUACUUCGACGGGAGGUGGAUUUUUAUCAAAUUCAGCCGCUGAUUGAGGCCUUGCAGGAAAAGGAAGUGGAGCUUUCUAAAGCAGAGAAAAACGCCAUGCUCAACAUCACCCUUGAUCAGAAGACCCAAACCGUUCACUUCACUGUCCGAGAAGCACCCCAGAUUUACAGCCUGUCUUCCUCCAACAUGGAAGUGUUUAGUGCUCAUAUCUUCUCUACAUCAUGCCUGUUCCUGAAGCUUCUGGGUUCCAAACUUUAUUAUUGCUUCAACGGAAACCUUUCUUCAAUAUCCAGCUACCUGCAGGACCCCAACCACUUGACCUUAGAUUGGGUGGCAAGUGUGGAAGGCCUUCCUGAAGAGGAGUACACCAGGCAGAACUUGAAGAGACUCUGGGUGGUGCCAGAUAAUAAGCAAAUCAAUAGCUUCCAGGUGUUUGUGGAAGAAGUGCUGAAAAUAGCCAUGAGUGAUGGUUUCUGCAUAGAUUCUUCUCAUCCACAUACUUCAGAUUUCAUGAAUAAUAAGAUUAUUCGCCUAAUUCGGUAUAAGUAGGAAUGGCUGUUUAUUGCGGUGCAGAAAGCAUGGAGAUAACACAGGUUUAGUGUUUCCUUUUAAAACACACUUACAGCCUAAUUCAGAAUCAUGCUUAUCUGGAUUAAGAGUCACUAACAAGGAGAUGAUUUUCCUUUAAUGUACUUACCAAUACGACCUUUCAGAAUAUGUCCAUAUUCUAGAUGGAAGCAAUAUUGUCUAGCGCCUGAAUUAAGGACUGGUUCUGUCUCUGCUGCCCCCUCUGACCUGCUGUACAGUUGUGGGGAAAAUCACCAAACUUCUCUCCUUUCUACUUUUCCCAGUCAGAAAAUGGAAGGGAUCCCUAGCCUAUGUUGCAAGGGGAUGUGAGGGUUCAGUAAUCAAGGUUUGGAAUGCAUCUGGAGAACAGAUGUGGUGAAAGAUGCCAUGGAGCUGCAGUGCAGCAGACAGCCCGAGGACCGAAUUUUCCAUGUCUUGUUGUAUCACCUGUGUGGAGCAUCCAAGAAGCUUGAUUGAAUCCACAGAUAAGAAGCCUCCCACGUGCACUCAAUACAGCUGUAAAGGAUGGUGCAAACUGCAAAUGAGUAAGGGAUCCCAUCUCCCUGGGUUCAACAAAGGACUUCUCUCACCAUCUGAAGUUGCCUUGUGUUUUUUUCUGAACCCUGUGAGGAAGCCCCUGCUUUAUUCUGCUUUCGGGGAAGCCACGUUGGAAUAAUGUGACUGGCAUGGAGAACAACCAGGGAAGCCACAGAAGAGAGAAUGGUGUUCUUACAAACAAAGAAGAUUAAACUUUUACAUUCCAAAGGCAUCCAAGACAACUAGUCCUUUUCUUUCUCUUGUAGUGUUAAUAUUUGUCUGGAGGAUGCUGCUGAAACUUUCUGAGAUGAAGAUUUUGGGGCAGAGGCCCCCAAAUGUCUUGUAAGCAUUUGAGCCUCUUCUGGCCUUCUUUUGGGCACAUCUCCCUUCAACAGUGCCUGGAGCACAUCACACGCUUUCUGGAUAGGAUGGAUUCCAUUUGAAAAGACAACAUUCUCAUCAGGUUACACCUAGUAUUUUUCAUUACAAAAACAGAGGCUCACUUUUCCUAUUCUAGUACAUGGAGCCUUUUUUUUUAACAUCCGUGUGAAAUGGUCAGGUCACUAAAUAGCAUUUUCCUCACUUGCUUGGCUUCAGUGUCAGGUUGCCAUAGGUAAGGCAGUGGGAAUCCAGAGGUGACGGCAAUGGUCACCUACACACCUGGUCUGUGCUGCAAUGAAGAUUAUAAUUCAGUAGCUGCAUAUUGUCUCUAAACAUCAUUUGUGCCACAUUCAAAAUGGUUCUUUCUCAGCUAAUUAUGUUUAAAAGUAUCUUAACUGUAUUUCCCUAGCCAGAUGGCUAUGAGUACAUUAGAGACCCUCUGGAACAUUUUCUGGUGUCUUUAAUGAGAUAAAAGGGAAAAUGCAAUAACCAAGUUUUGCAUUUAGAAUUUUAGCACUUCCAAAGGUUCUUAGCACAGGGCUGCAAAGCUCUGUAUUACUCAUGUUCUUGUUUCCCAAAGUAACUAGUCUGUCAUUACAUUAAGCUGACCUGUGAACAAGCAUAAAGAAGCUCUUUUUCUUGUAAAAAACAGUGAGAUCAGUAUAUUUCUACUGUCCCAAGCUGUAACUGCAUGAACAACAGAAAUCAGCAUGCUGAUGGGAAAAAUGUACAUUCUGCAGCUCUUGUCAGCCUAUUACAGACCACUGCCCUUUGUCUGACCUGGUGCUAAACCAGCAUGAUAUACGUGGGACCAUGUUGCCAGAAAGUACUUACUGGGCUUGAAGCCCUCAGAACCAUUAAACCUGGCAAAUACUGUGAAUUUUAAGGACUGCAGACAGGAUUCUGUGGCCAGAUUCUGGCUUGAGUCACCAUAUUUAUCUAGCUUUAGUUGCAUAAGGAAGAACUUUUUUUUCCCCUCAUCCAUGUCCUGAAUUAUAAAGCAUGUGUUUGCCUCUCAGCUGGACAUUCACAGAGAUGACUGUGCUGUUAAUGUGAUUAUGAUCUGUAAAAUGAACCCUCCUUGAUCAAAUCUA